AUGAAGUUCACUCUGAUCUCCUCCGCUCUCUUCCUGGCCACUGCUGCCAUGGCCUCCCCAGAUGGCCUUGAUAUAAACUCUAUCGUCUCCGACGUCGAAGGCAUCUACUCAACUGCCGUCGACGGCGGCCAAUCCAUCGGAUCCGACAUCGCCUCAAAGGCCACAUCUUUCGCCGAAGCCGCGAGUACCGGCGGAGCCGCUGCCGUCUCAUCCAUCGAAAGCGAGGCUUCUGCCGCUGCCAGUGAAGCCCGCUCUAUCGGCUCUGACAUUACUAGCCGGGUUGUUACUGCGGUUUCUGCUCAGACUACUCUGACCGACUCCGCCGGCUCAACCACCGCUACCGAGUCGGCUACCAUAACCAGCACAAUCUCCACCGGGUCUCCUUCCAGCUCUUCCGAGUCUUCCGCCUCUUCCGGUUCAUCCUCCACCUCCUCCGGCUCAUCCUCCACCUCUGACAAUGGCGCCUUCGCCCGUCCCACUGCUGUCGGCGCUGUUGCUGCGGGCAUGGCCGGUGUCCUUGGUCUCAUGGUUGCACUGUAA